AUGGAGGUAAAUAAUUUUCAUGGAAUUUUGAAUCUCUGAAUGAAUACGGUUUCAGGUUCUUGGAGAUGGUCUUCAUCGCAAAAUCCGUGCUUCAGUUUCGAUUCAGGCUUUAUCUAGGUUCACACAAUGUCGACUCAUGUAUAGAUUCAAUAUUCCUAGGACGAUGUACGUCGAUGAUAAUUCGUGAGUUUUUUCUUGGAAGUUUUUUAGGGGAGAAAAUUAUCAAGAAGCUUCAUGAGUUCAAUGAAGAACUGUUGAAUAAAACACUGGAAAUAUAUAAAAUUUAAUCGAAAAUGAAACAUUUUUUUAGUUUUUUUAACUUUUAGUUUUUUUUAGGUGUUUUUCAAAUCAAAAUUUUUUAAAAGAAAUAUAUCUCAAAACAAAUUCCUUUAAACUUUUUUUCAAAUAAAAGUUGUUUAGCCUCAAUUCUUCACUCUUCGAUCAUGACUCAAUUAUCAUCAAGAAAUUCAACCUUGAAGCAACGGCAAAAGAUUCAAAACCUGGAAACGUUAGUUAUUUCUUUUCAAAAUUUGUUUUAUAUCAAACUCUAUCGUCUUUUUUAGGUCCAUCUUAUCCGCAAGAAAUUAUUUCUCUCAACAUUUGAAAUCAAGGACGAAGUUAUUCUGCCAAUUCAUAUGAGAUAUCCACCAGCUGGAAAAAGUCCAUUCCAUAUCACUGAUCUUGAAUAUCCUCAAUUAGUCAUUGAUUGCGAAAAUAAUCAAUUUGAAAACUGCCCAAAAACAAAAUUCUCAAACGCUCGACUUCAACCAAAAUCCAAAAGUUGGGUUAGCAUCAAAACGCCGACAGAUAAAAUUCGAAUUGAAUUCAAAGGAUCUAAUUUAUCUGUUGAUGAUCAAGAGCCAUAUUUUUAUUCACUUAUUUUGGCUUCAACUUUAUUUGUAGCCGUGUACAUUUGCUCAAUUUAA